AUGAAUACGUGCACGUUUGUUACAUUUUUUGUGUUAGUCUUAUCCAAGAAUCUAACAUCAUUUCCAACAUUAACUUCUUUAACGGAACAAACUGCAGCUCGAAUAGUCAAUGGCUACGAAGUUAAUAUAACAGACGUUCCAUAUCAAGCAGCUCUCAGAAGAAGGGUGUUAGCGGGUUGGGCGCAUAUGUGCGGUGCUGUUAUAAUCAGCACAAAGACGUUGUUAACCGCAGCGCACUGUACUACAAGUUUUGUGGGAGAUCCAUCUUCUUUACGAGCCGUCGUCGGUACAGCCUUCCGUUUGUCCGGAGGGAAAUCGUACGAAUUAUCGAGGGUCGUAGUCCAUGAGUACUAUUCACCACUUUCUUUAGAAAAUGACAUUUCAUUGCUAGUGACCAGUAAGCAGAUGAGUUUUGGUGAGAGUGUAAAGGCAGUAAAUUUUGCUCGUGCUACUCACGUGUUGCCUGUUGGUACUGAAGCUAUAGUUUCUGGAUUCGGUAGUGUCUCGUACGAAGGUCCGGCGUCGACAGUUUUGCUUGCAGCGCGCGUUACAAUAGUCGAGCAGGAUACUUGCGCGCGCGCAUACCUGCGCAUCGCUGAUAUCACCACUGGAAUGCUUUGCGCAAACGCUACUAAUCCUCAAAGAGAUGCUUGCCAAGGAGACUCCGGUGGGCCUCUAGUUGCUAACAACACCCUAGUGGGAAUAGUAUCCUGGGGUGAAGGCUGUGCAGACCUCACGUACCCUGGAGUUUAUACGAGAGUCUCCGAAUAUAGUUCAUGGAUUCUAACUUACAUAGAGAGUUGA